AUGAUGACCGACCCAUUUGAAGUGCGUAUGCGCUUCACCACUAUGCUGCAGCACCUAAGCGCUUCAGUGACUUCCGCCCAAAAGGCAGCUCAGUAUGCUCUGAAGUACCGCGAUUUGGAUGAAGACCUCCAUUCAUGCAUUCUGGAGCAGCUUGAACGCAACAGCAUGAACACCCGAGCCAACAUCAUGUCUUUCAUUGAGCAUUUCUGUGAUAUGGCCACCAAAGAAAACCACCCUACCUAUGUCCGCAUGAUCCAACGUGACAUCUUCCGAGUGAUUGAUGCUGCUGUUCCGCCUGAUGGCACCGGUGCAGCCAAUGCCAAGCACGUGCAGCGCGUGAUUAACAACCUUAAGGAGAAGCAGUAUCUCACCGCUGAGACUGUUGAUGAGAUCAAUGCGGCCCUCCAGGACCGCGACACAGACGAGCUCAUGGAUCUUGGGGGAGAAUCAAUCAAUGAUGACAGUGCUACUUCGAAGGCAGCUACUCCCCGCAGCGUCCCAGCCAGCGCAAACGGCACUACCCGUGCGCCCGUGCUUCUUGAUAAGCGCCAGGUUGAGCAGCGCAUUGAGGAGGACCGCGAGCGUAACAAGCGUCUCCGCGAGAACAUGUGGGCCAUCAAUGGUGAUGACCUGGAAGAGAUCCAGAAAUUUGUCGACGAGCUCAGCGACAUCGGCGAGGACGACUUCAUCAAAGCCAAGGAAGAGACUGAGGAACGUGAGCGCUGCGGAGACCUCCUCCUGGAACAGAAUGAGCGCGACUAUGCUUAA